UGGUGACACAGAUCGCAGCCUGUAGCCUCCCCUCUGGAAUCUGUGCCUGUGUGGUGCUGAGGUAGCUGCUCCUCACCGCCUCAUGGGCGAACACACGCAGCCUCUUCUGCCCUCGUCGAGCAAUGCCUUACCAGGGAGUGCUGCCUUCCAGAGAUGGAAUGACUUUCUAAAUUAAUAGACUGUGUGACAGCAUGUAAGGGUGCACGAGGCCACUGCUGAGGCAUGGCAGUGCAGGUUUGAUGCAGUAAUGAGAUAGUUAGUUCUUGCUUUGUUUAAUUCUGCAUGGAAAUAUGGCCUGUGUGGCUGUGUGCUUUGUCUGUCUGCCAGUUCUCACCCCGGCUGGCUUUAAAUGAUUGAGCUAAUUUGAACUAAACUUGACUAAAGGAUAGGGUUUUCAAAGGUACCAGUUGUUCCAGCUGUGCAAAAAUCAUUAGCUAGGUGGAGAGUAGCGUGCCCUAAGGAAUCUAUUUUCCAGGUCUGUUUGUGGCCAGGCUACACACGCUGAACUGCCUGAGGAUAGCAGUGUCUAAAUCUUAAGGUGCCCCUGGGGAACAUGCAGACAGAUCACAUCUGGGCCCUCUGAACUCAGAAAUGAAACUAAAAUGUGCCGUCACAAUAGCCCUAAAAUAGAUAUUCCCCAUCUGUACUGCAGAGUUCUUGGAAGCCUUCUUCUAUAAAAUCUAAAGCUCAACAUAUUCCACAGUCCGUGCGUUUUAUCUUCAGUAUAUUCAGUUGUAUCAUCCCCAUCUAUGCCUACGUAAGAGCAAAAUGUGGCUUUCUGCAGCUUAAUGUAACAAGAAGUAAAAAGGAAAGUCAUAAUAAGAAAAGGAAAUGAAUAGAUGUUAUUUUGCAUAAAGUCUGCACUAAGUUAAAAGCUGAAACAGGAAGGAAGUUACCACCACUCUGCUAGAUGGUAGCGCUUCAGUGACAUGUGCUUGCUUUUGAGAAAACCAGCAAUCUUCAAAUUAGUAUUAGGAAUAAUUACCGUGUUUAUAUUGUGUUUACCUGAAUUUUUCAAAAUACAUGAAGCUAACACUGUAAUUGUGUCAUGCAUGGAUACCUGUUCAUCGAAUAACACCACUUUUCCCCUUUGCACUUUUAACAAUUCUUGCAAAAGAGCAGUGCAAGAAAGAAGAGAAAACCAGAAUAUUUUGCUGAAGGCCAUUAUAAAUAAUUCUGAUUUCCAAAAUAUUCCAUGUAUUUGCCAGUCCUCUGGGAGGGAACAACAGUCCCAUACUAAACGUGCAGAGUGUGAAUCCAAGAGGAAUGUGAAUGUUGAUCAUCAAGGAUCAGUAGCUAAAAAAAUUUCCAAUAAAGAAGUAGAGCAUAAUACUUAUUACCUGAUGAUAAUACACAUCAACAAUUCUAUAGUCGGAGGAAGAAAUGCAGCCGAAGAACACCUAAAUCAUUCUUGUCUAAUGGCAAUGAUGGAAGACCAAAAUGACUGUAUGAAUAUUUCACUGCAACUGAAGUCUUAUGUGGAAUAUCCAAUGUGUAUGACGAAGAUCAUUUGGCUCACUAUGAUUCCAGUAGUUUUUGUGCUUACUAUUUCAAUCGUCAUCUACAAAAUAAUCCAAGAAAAUAAAAAUAUAUAUUAUAAACACAGAGUAGCAAUAUCAGUUUCUACUAUCCUAAGAAGAAAGGGUUCCAGACAUUCAAGAAGAACCAUAUCUGCUACUAAAAUUCCUCCUUAUCCUGUGAAAACUAGCAAACAACAGAUUCUACUUACUGCACAGACCACAAAGAUACUGCCUGUAAUUCCUGAACAAGAGCACUGUCAUGCAGAUCAACUCUAGAUCUAGAAGGCCUUGUGCUCCAGUAAUUGUUUCAGGAAGUCCAGAUGUAAGGAAAUAAGUCUGGAAAGAAAUGUGCGCUAAGAGGUAUCUCUUCCUGAAAACACUUGUAAUGUCUCGAAACAGAACAGAUGCUACUUGAAUAAGUAAUAUAGACAAGGUUAUGCUACUUGAACAGAUGAUAUUACUGUGUGUGGUAAUUUUUUAGGUUCAAGGCUUAAGGAGGCUCCUUCUUUACCUUUAUUUAAAUUGG